GUCGCGUUUUCCUUCCCUUUCCCGGAACAUUAUUCUUUUCAGCUAUACUUAGUCAAGCCGCCAAAGUGGAGAGUGUCGUCGCACCAGGGGGUCCUUCUCGUUUCAGCGAGUUCCUGGGGAAAACCCCAGGUUCUGGCGUUCAGAGAUGGGUACCUUCUCGAAGCACUAGACGAGAUGCCAACUCCUCCAACGAGAAAGGGCAAAAUGAUGCAACCUUCAGGAAAGUGAGAGGCAUACUUAAUAAGCUGACUCCUGAGAAGUUUGACAAACUAUGCCUGGAGCUCCUCAAUGUGGGUGUAGAGUCAAAACUUGUCUUAAAAGGAACCAUCUUGUUGAUUGUUGACAAAGCCCUCGAAGAGCCCAAGUACAGCCAGUUAUACGCUCAACUAUGUCUACGCUUGGCACAGGACGCACCAAACUUUGAAGACCCAGCAGAAAAUCAAGGAACACAAAAGCAAAAUACUACCUUCAGAAGGCUUCUGAUUUCCAAGCUUCAGGAUGAGUUUGAGAACCGCGCAAAAAGUGUCGAAAUCUUUGACAAACAUGACGGCCCACUCACCUCUGAGGAGGAGGAGCAGCGUCAUAUUGCAAAGAUCAAGAUGCUGGGCAACAUCAAAUUCAUUGGGGAACUUGGCAAACUCAACCUUAUCCACGAAUCUAUCCUUCAUAAGUGCAUCAAAACACUUUUGGAGAAGAAGAAGAGAGUCCAACUUAAGGAUAUGGGUGAAGAUUUGGAAUGCCUCUGUCAGAUAAUGAGAACAGUGGGACCUAAACUUGAUCAUGCAAAGGCUAGGUCUUUGAUGGAUCAGUACUUCAGCCGCAUGCGAUCCUUAACAAACAACAAGGAACUGCCUGCUAGGAUUCGUUUCCUGCUGCAGAAUACAGUGGAGCAGCGAGACAACAACUGGGCUGCUCGCAAAGCGUAUAGUGACAACGGACCAAAGACGAUCAACCAAGUUCGUCAGGAUGCAGUAAAGGAUUUAGGUUGUUUCUUUCCACCUUCGAACGAUGCAAUGAGGAAUGAAUUCUUCAUGGAAAACUCCUCCUUCCUGCCAACAAGGAUCAAGUUUGACAGGGAAACUCUCGGUGGGCUGGCUGAUAUGUUUGGACAAAUGCCUGGAUCUGGCAUUGGUACAGGUCCAGGAGUCAUUCAGGACCACUAUUCCCCUACCAUGGGACGUCAUCGCACAAACCCGCUCUACAAUGGCCACAUUGGAAAUGGCAACGGUUCACACCAGCCUCAAUUUGAAGCGGGAAGCAAACCGUAUAUAAAACCAAACCAGGGGCAGGGUUCACCUGUUUUCAACCACAAACAGAAUAUCUCGGUGCAGAUGCAGUCUAAGGAUAUGGCUCCACGAUUCGGCAAGAAGAAGGUCAAUGCUGAUGAGAUCAGUCUGAGGCCAGCUCAGUCCUUCAUUUUGAGUAGAAAACAAAUGCCAAAGCUGCAGCCACAGAUGAACAUGAUUCCUACAAGUGCCCAAGGCUCCCCACUCAUACAGUCUCCACAGCUUGGCCUGAAAAUCAAUCCUCCUCCAAUUCAGGAAAAACCUGCAAAGUCCACUAAAAAAGCUCCUCCGACUAAGGAAGAGUUGCGCAAAAUGACGGAGACACUGGUGGCAGAUUACCUGAACAACAAGAACAUCGAUGAGGCUGUGAAUGCUGUGAGGGAGAUGAAGGCGCCAAAGCACUUUUUGUCUGAGAUGCUUAACAUGAUAGUGGUCUAUUCACUUGAUCGUUCAGAUGAGGAUAAGGAACAUGCGAGCACCCUGGUCCAUACUCUCUGCAUCGAGGGCCUUGCCACUGGUGAAAAUCUAAUGCAGGCCUUUUUGAGUGUUCUGGAUCAGUGUCCCAAGAUCGAGGAAGAAGUACCACUGGUGAAGUCCUACCUGGCACAGUUUGCAGCACGUGCCAUCAUCGCUGACCUGGUCAGCGUCGCAGAUUUAGCCCAUCAGCUGGAGAACGGUGCACAUUUCCCACUGUUUCUGCUCUGCCUGCAGCAGAUGGUCAAACUGAAGGACCGUGAUUGGCUGGCUGACCUGUUCCAGCAGAGCAAGGUCAACAUGCAGAAGAUGCUACCUGAAAUCGACCAGAACAAAGACCGAAUGCUGGAGAUUCUGGAUGACAAAGGUCUCAGCUUUUUGUUCCCACUGAUGAAACUGGAGAAGGAGCUGCUGAAGCAGAUCAAAGUGGAUCCCUCUCCACAGUCCAUCUACAAGUGGAUCAAAGACAACAUCUCUCCUAAACUCCACACUGACAAAGGCUUUGUCAACAUCCUCAUGACCAGCUUCUUGCAGUACAUUGCUUAUGAGAUCAACCCCGACGACGACGAAGAGCAGCUUUCAGCGCCCAGUAAGGAGCAGCAGGAUGAGGAGAAACAGCAGCUGUUGUCUUUCAAGCCAGUGAUGCAGAAGUUCCUACACGAUCACAUUGACCUGCAAGUCGACGCUCUAUAUGCCCUGCAGGUUCACUGCAAUACCAAGGGUUUCCCCAAAGGUAUGUUACUGCGCUACUUUGUGAACUUUUAUGAUAUGGAAAUAAUCGAAGAAGAAGCCUUCCUUUCAUGGAAAGAAGAUGUCACCCAAGAAUACCCAGGGAAAGGAAAAGCAUUAUUUCAGGUGAACCAGUGGCUGACCUGGCUGGAGACUGCAGAAGAGGAGGAAUCAGACGAUGAAGAUUACUGA